GUCGAAUAUUGCCGAACAUGGUAAAGAGCGAUUUCGCAAUCGGCUGCUGUCUAUGUUCCAAACAAAAACAGUGAGAGCGGUCAGAGACGGAUUAAAGUGACAUUUCCAGACCCACAUCUGUCCCAUUACACGAGUGGUGAAAUCCACGACCAUUCGUUGAAGGUCUGCUCCUGCUCCUCCCGUCCCUUCUUUCAUCUGUACACCUGAGGAGGCUCCACUCAAACUUCAGCUCCUGCAGGCAGCACAUCCAAAUGAGCCGGCCGCAACAGCCGAAACUCACCACAGCUGACCACAACGGCGUGAGCGUCAUCCAGAGCCAGGCCCACGCCGCCUCUUCCUCCUCAUCCCUGCCGGCCGCCGUCGCCGGACUGCAGCAGGUCCCCCAGCUCAUCCCCGCCAACCCGUCUACCGCCGGAGGAAAGGCCCUCCCCCCGAGCAAGAUGAAGAAGCCCACGGUGGACAAGGACAGCGAAGAGUACCGGCAGCGACGCGAGCGCAACAACCUGGCGGUGAAGAAGAGUCGCAUGCGCAGCAAGCAGAAGGCGAUGGACACACAGCAGCGCGUCAACGAGCUGAAGGAGGAGAACGAGCGGCUGGAGGCCAAGAUCAAGCUGCUGAGCAAGGAGCUGAGCGUGCUCAAAGACCUCUUCCUGGAGCACGCUCACAAUCUGGCCGACAACGUGCAGCCGCCAGCCGGCGUGGAGGGCGCCAGCCCCGCGCCCAACAGCAAUCCCACCAAUGGGCAGUGAGGGGCGGGGCCACGGGGACGUCUGCAGGUUCUCUGGGAACAAGCCUCAUUUUCUUCUCCGCGUUUCUUCAUGGAUCUUCUUCAUUACUUCCAUUGCGGCCCCGCCCCUUUCAUGAUGUCACUUGGAGACGUUGCCCCACCCCUUCUCAUCAUGUCACCCGCAGAAACGACUUUCCCUCUAAUCCAGUAAAAUCUGAGACUGACGCCUGGGCCCGCCUCCUGACCGGGCGGAUGAGGAGCGGCGCCGGACUGAACUGGUUCUGUCAGAACCUUCCCGCUGCGUGACUCCUGCUCGGUUCUGUGACGACGUUUUUAUUCCACCCAGAUUUUAAAACCUUUCACUACACGGCGGCGUUAAAAGGCGGUUCUGCUGGACCUCCAGUGUGACUCUGAUGCGGGUCGGAGCCGGCCCGCCAACUCAGGAGGCAGAACCGUCCUUCAGCGUCGGGUUUUCUCAGCAAUGUUGCACAUGUUUUCUGUUGGAUCAGUGGAGUGUUUGUGUCUGAGCUGGUUCUGGUUCUGGAACCAGGAGGGAGAAGAGGCAGGGAACGGGCUCAGGUUCUGUCAGGACCAUCUGAGGAGGCGACGCAGAAAACCUUCCGCUUCUCGGUUCUAGCCGACCAGAACCAGCUGUACCUUAUAAGCGGUUCAGCUGGACCAGAACCAUCAGUUUGUCCAAAUCUAAAGAGAAGCCAUCAGAACCGCCAGACGGGUUCUGGAACAGGAAGCUGCUCGCCCUGCCCCAGGCAGAACCAGCCUCCUCAGUAGAACCGCAUCUCUGGUUCGGCGGGUCGGUAGAUAGAAACAGAGUUACCUAAUCUGCGGUUCUGGUCCAGGAAUCCUCACCCGGUUUAAACCUGGUCACCAUAGCAACCCGCUUCCUUUGAG